GGCGCCGCUGAUGUCAACACCGCCCGGUCAGAGAUGCCCUGCGGUCGCCGGUGAUGCCACUGCCCUGCUCGCGGAGCGCUGGCGGUGGACUGUCUGGCCGCCGCCACUGGCCCCGGCCUCACCACCGCGGCUGGCACGGAGCGCGCCUGUGACCUCUGAGCACCGAGUGACCCGGCCGAUCGCUGGGCAAUCCCGGGCCACCUCUGCGACUCUGCGACUGCGACUCUGCGCCUCCUUGCGCCCUCCCUCCCCAUACACGCGCAUCAUGGCCGACCCUACCGCCAUGGCCGACUCGACUGCCCUCGACCGCAACGCCCCCGCCGACGUCCACGCCCCGCGCGCCCGCAAGCCGUCGCGCAUCGACCUGCUCCGCCCGCAGCUCAGCGACGACGCCGUCAAGCUGCACCUCGAGGCCGGCUCAGGGGUGUCGAGUGGACGCACCACGCCCAUCCCCGCCGACGCCCCGCCCUCGGUGCAGGCUGCCUCGUCCGCGCGCCGCCAGAUCCGCGCCCAGCACAAGCGCCGCAUGUUCCCGACCAUCGAGUACGUCGACCGCGUGUCGCACUUCGACCCCGCCAGCGACUACCGCGACUUCCGCGGCUUCUUCGUGCUGUUCUGGAUCGGCCUGGCCAUCAUGGUCAUCACCAGCAUGCUGCGCCAGGUCAAGGAGACGGGCUACCCCUUCCAGAUCCGCCAGUGGGACCUGUUCAAGGAGAAGGUCUGGGAGCUGGGGCUGGUCGACGGCGCCAUGGUCGCCAGCACCGCCCUCGCCCUGCCGCUGCAGAAGCUGUUCCUCGGCCACGCCCUGCGCUGGAACGGGCUCGGCAUGGCCGUCCAGAGCCUCUACCAGGCCCUGUGGCUCGCCUUCUGGUGCACAUACCCCUUCAUUCGCGACUGGAGCUGGACCGCCCAGGUCUUCUUCACCCUGCACCUGCUCGCCAUCUUCAUGAAGAUGCACUCCUACGCCUUCUACAACGGCCACCUCAGCGAGACCCUGCGCCGCCUCAACGACCUCGACACCCCCGAGAAGGCCAGCAAGGCCGCCGCCGUCCGCUACCCCAAGCCGCGCACCCACCUGCACGAGAUCCCACAGUCGCCCAGCCAGAGCACCCCGGACGCCGCGAACCAGGAGUUCCUGCGCCAGCUGCGCGAGGACCUGGCGUUCGAGCUGUCCUCGCCGCUGGGCCACGUCUCGUACCCCGAGAACCUGACGUUCGCCAACUGGGCCGACUACAUCUUCUGCCCGACGCUGUGCUACGAGCUCGAGUACCCGCGCGUGGCGUCCAUCCGCCCGCUGGAGGUCUUCUGGAAGGCGCUGGCCGUGUUUGGGUGCAUCUUCCUCAUGGUGAUUACCACGGAGGAGUUCAUCCUGCCCGUGCUGGACGAGAGCGCGCUGGCGCUGCACCACAGCACGGGCGCGGGCGAGUUCGCGCUCGUGCUCGCCGAGACCAUCGGGCGGCUGCUGUUCCCGUUCAUGAUUACCUUCCUGCUGACCUUCCUCGUCAUCUUCGAGUACAUUCUGGGCGCGUUUGCCGAGAUCACGCGCUUCGCAGACCGCCAAUUCUACGCCGACUGGUGGAAUUCCUGCGACUGGCUCGAAUUCUCCCGCGAAUGGAACAUCCCCGUGCACCACUUCUUCCGCCGCCACGUCUACAGCGCAUCCAAAAACCACCUCUCGCGCCCGCUCGCCACCCUCAUCACCUUCCUCAUCUCCGCGCUCGCCCACGAGCUGGUCAUGGGCUGCAUCACGCGGAAAUUCAGGGGCUAUGGGUUUUUUGCGAUGAUGCUGCAGAUGCCGAUUGUCAUGGUGCAGCGGAGCAGGUGGGUGAGGGGUAGGACGUUGUUGAAUAAUGUGCUGUUUUGGUGUAGUAUGGUGUUGGGGCUGAGUAUGAUGUGUGCGCUGUACGUGCUCGUGUAGUGCAGAGGCUCUGAAUGGAGAUGGAGAAACAGGUAAAGAUGCAGAUGCAGAUAAACAUGCAGAUAAACAUGUAGACGAAGACGUAGACAAAGAGGUAGAAGCACGACACGGCGGCGUUCGAGAUACCAUAGACCUGGGUUCGGCUUUCGUGGUUUACAUAGACUGUACAUACACCCCUCUCAACCACUUGCCGCGCGCGUCUCAUGCCGCGGGCUGGCUGGCGUAACCAUCCUCUUGUGCAGACACUGAUGCUCCACGUGAACACGGUGACUGGGCCAUCUACGACUCCGUCAUUCUGCAUCUGCAACUGCAUCUGCGAUUCCACUCACCACGGGCAACACACCCAACACCCAACACCCACGUCACGUCACGGUACAUCACGCC